GGGGGGACACACACACAGAGUAAUCCGGAAACCCGGAAGCCCAGAGCUGCGUCACCUCAGGGAUCAGGUCCGACAGGUUUGUGUUUGUUCCUGAGCUGAAAAUGAGCGCGAGCGCGGUGGAGGACGCGGUGGGAGUGGCCGAGUCCUCCAUGUAUUCUCAGGUGGUGUUUAUUGAUGUGCCUCCUUCUUAUCCACUCCAAACGGAUGUGACCUGCUUUUACAAGCUGACAGGAGGCCUGAUACAACGCUCAAGCGACUGGAUAGCCAUAUAUAAGGUUGGCUGGGAUAAAGCAAGCAAAUAUCAUUGUUAUGAAUGGGUAAAGCCUUGUUUGGACUAUAAAGGACUUGAUCCUCCUCAACAGCAAAUUGCCUUCAAGGAAUGCUACCUCCCUAAAGAUGAUGGUGAGUUUUAUCAGUUCUGCUAUGUGGAUGGCAUUGGUCAAGUGCGAGGAGCGAGCACACCAUUCUGCUUCCAAAAUCCAGCAGAAACAAGCUUGGACUGCAGCCUUUUAGUGAUCUCAACACAGGAGCAAGUGGAGCAGAUGGAGAAGGAAAAAGAGGCCUUACUAACUGAGAUGAAACAAUUAAAAGAAAAUCAUGACAUCAUAAAAAAUGAGCUGAAUGAAAGACUGCAAGAGAUCUGCCAUCUCAGGAGGACCAAUGAGAAACUGAAGUCUAAUAGUACAAGUGAAGCCUUUCCACUAAAAGAGCAGCCUGAAAGUCCAGCGCAGGAUAUCUUGGAGCAGCCUUUUCUCUCUGAGACUAUGACAGAAACCAAACCAGAAAAAGAGUCACUGACCCUUCUGCAUGAGAAGUAUGAGAAAGCAGUCCAGAAGAUUCACUUUUUGAAGCAUGAGAAAGUCCAGCUUGAACAACAGACCAAGGAGAAUGAUGCAGAGAUUUCAGAGCUGAAGCUCAUGCUCAAAAAGAAAGAUCAGGACUAUAACAGAUUACAAGAUCAGUUCCAACUUCAACAGGUGGAUAUGCAAAGUAAUCAGAAAGAGAAGGAAAGGUUGUGUGUUGAACUUGAGGAAAUGAGGUGUGAUCUGGAGAGACUGCAGGAAGAGAACAAGGCCUUAAAGGCAUCUUUGUCUAAGCAAGGACCUCCUGAGGGGGACAAAAGUGACACAAAGAUUCUGAACCUGACCAGUGAGCUUACAGAAGUCCGAGGGGCACUGCGUAAAGAAAUCCUGUCCAGAAAUGAUGCCAUUACACGUGCAGAACAAGCCGAAAUAGGUUUGAAAGAACUUAAGCUGCAACUUGACAAAAGGACUGUGACUGAAAACAGUCAGAUAGAGACGGAGUUUGCUGAAGCUCGUAGGAGAAUCAGAGAACAGGAAAACAUAGCAGAGGUGCUACGACAAGAAAAAGAAACUCUGUGUGAUGAAAACAAGAAACUCAAAGAAAACAUAGAAAAGUUACAGAUGAAAAUAUAUGAGCUCUCCUUAGGACCAAAUAUGAGCAACACUCAGCAGCAACAAAACCCUCUCAGUCCAGUACCUGCAUCUCCCAUCAACACCCAGCAGCAGCCUCAGUCAAGCCCACAUUAUUAUGAGGAUAUCGAUGGACCUUUUGGAAAUCCCACUUAUGCAGGAAAUCAGGCAAAGGUGUGUCGUCAUUGCCAAGAGAGCUUUCCUGACAUCACUGAAGAUGAACUGGUGAUCCAUGAGCAGUCUCACAAGGUGUGCCCUUUCUGUACACUCAUCUGUGAUGACUGGGAACAGCAGGAGUUUGAAGACCAUGUCUACAGCCAUGAGGAGUAGACAUGCCACCUAUAUUCUCUUAUAUAUGCACGAAUAACCCAAUAGUGGGGCAGCAUAGCUAACCUAUUGUGCAUUUUGUGAUACAAGCACCAAAUUUGGCACAAAUGUACAUUGACAUAUGGUGAACAUUUUCAGAUAUUGAGCCACUCGGAAUUCUCUCUUCAUGUCCGCCAUAUUGGAAUUCAAAAUGGCCGCCAUUUGAAAUCUACAUUUGCGCUUAUCUGACCUAAACUUCACUUCCCUGUUGUUUCCAUUCUGUGGACUGUUACAUGAAGAAUAGAUAUUUUUAUAUUCCAAUUAAAUUUAAGGUAAUACUAGCACUGUGUUUGCCGUCCAGACUGGUCCUAUUGCAAGAGGAUAGUGAUGACCACAUCAGUGGAUUUUAUACUUUUCCUCAUUAAAUAAUAUUUGGUGCAGGUGAUGACCUAAUCAAUACCUCUUUAAGUAAAAUGAGAUGUGUUGGAAUCCCAGCACAGACACUGGAAUGAAAUGGCUGCCGUACACAGAGAUGCUGAUUUAAGAAAAGAUUUAAGUGGUCUCUUAUUUCUUUUUUUUUCCAGAGCUGUAUGUCAUGUCUCUACACAAAAUAGCCCAUAUUAUUGAGAAAUGGAUUGAUCAGUAUAGUUUGCAAAAUUAUUUACAAAUAAAAAAAUUAAUUUGUCAACUAUUCACCCUCUAUUGGUGUAAAACCCCUAAAUUAGUUAUGGUUAAAUCAGCUGAAAGUUUCCAGAAACUAUGAGGUGAUUUCCAUUCUAAAGACAGUGAUUUGAUUGUAGAAAGCUCCAGGGUUUAUUAGAGAGCAUACUUAAGCAAACAGCAUCAUGAAAACCAAUAACCUAUGAAAACACAUGCAGGACAAGGUUCUGAAAAAGUGUCAAUUAGGGUUUGGUUAUUAAAAAAAUAUCCCAAACUUGGAGCACCCACAGAGCAAUAUUAAAUCCAUCAUUUUAAAAAAAGGAAAGAAUUUGGUACAAUCAUGAGGAAGUCAUCCACCAAAAGUCAGUGACUGAGUAAGUAACCAAGAGGCAGAGGACGGAAUAGAUGCUCAUUCUUGUUCAUCAGCUUUAUCUAGUUGUUCCAGUUAAACUUUCAGGAACACACACCUUCUCCUGCUUGACAAUGCAGUCACCUUCACCCUUCCAUCCAUCCAUCCAUCCAUUAUCUGUAGCCACUUAUCCUCUCCAACAGGGUCACAGGCAAGCUGGAGCCUAUCCCAGCUGACUACGGGCGAAAGGCGGGGUACACCCUGGACAAGUUGCCAGGUCAUCACAGGGCUGACACAUAGACACAGACAACCAUUCACACUCUCAUUCACACCUACGGUCAAUUUAGAGUCACCAGUUAGCCUAACCUGCAUGUCUUUGGACUGUGGGGGAAACUGGAGCACCCGGAGGAAACCCAUGUAGACAUGAGGAGAACAUGCAAACUCCACACAGAAAGGCCCUCGUCGGCCGCUGGGCUCGAACCCAGGACCUUCUUGCUGUGAGGCGACAGUGCUAACCACUACACCACCGUGCUGCCCGUCACCUUCACCUACUUUAGGAUAAUUAGCCUAUUGCUUAACUGUUGGAACUCCUUCGGGUUCCAUAUCAAACCUAGAACAACACAGAAUCUAAUCAAUAACUCAAACUUGUCAAAACAAUUUUUACUUCACAGACUUUGAGUAAAAUGUUGUCUUGUCAGAAAUACAUGAUGAUGAAUAUUCAUCUCUCAUGAAUUAAGUGGAGUACUGUAAUAAAGUAUGUCAUUUUGAAAAAUGGAUACCAGCAAAUAUUGUCAUGUACUAUAAAAAUAUUUGACCCAGAGGUAAUCGCACAUGUAGAAUUCAAGUGGUGGCCAUUUUGAAAUCCAAUAUGUUGGCUAAUUUAUAAAGAUACACAAUGCAGAUUGUAACCAUCGGAUUCCUUUCCUCCCAAAACAUACGUUUGGACACCAGAAUCGAGUCAAUAGCAGCAUUAGACCCAAAGAUAAUCGAAAAUGUAGAUUUCAAACAACGGCCAUUUUGAAUUCCAAUAUGGCGGACAUGAAGGGAGAAUUCCGAGUGGCUCAAUAUCUGAAAAUGUUCGCCAUAUAUCAAUGUACAUUUGUGCCAAAUUUGAUGCUUGUAUCACAAAAUGCACAAUCCUUUUGAAUAUUCGAGCUAAACCGCCCCACUACAAAGAUAUUGCACCAUUAAUGAUUUAAUAGUUUUAAAUGUUUCUGACUACUUGAAUAUGUUACUGCAAUAUGUAUCUUUUGUCUUUCAAAGUUGGUAUGGUAUAAUAAAAUGUAAAAAUUAUGCUCUUAGAAAAAAAGGCUUCCUCCAAGGUUUUUGAAUUGUUUGGGGCAGCGCUAGUGGGGUGAAUGGGUGAUGAUAGUUCUCAUGGCACACAGAGCUGGAGACCUAACUUGAGUCAGUAGCCCCAUUUAAAAAUAAACUGAAUAAAUGCACAGCA